AUGUAUACUUCUUUUACCCUUUUAACCAGGUGUCUACUACCUCUGUAUAUGCAUUCUGACUCUCUCUCUCUCUCUCUCUCUCUCUCUCUCUCUCUCUCUCGUGCACCACCUGUCAAUGUUUACUUUGAAGUAUCAAAUCUCCCAUUUUCUUCCUCCUUAACUUCUUAUUCAUAUAAGAAGUGUAUAAGUGAUCCAUUAUGGAAACUCGCCUCUCUCUCUCUCUCUCACACACACUCUCUCUCUCUCUCUCUCUCUCUCUCUCUCUCUCUCUCUCUCUCAGACCAACUCCAUGAGGAGUAUGGGACCACAGCACUCAAGUCCCGUAGACUCCAUGAGGAGUAUGAGACCACAGCACUAAAGUCCGGUACACUUCAUGAGGAUCCCGUCGACUCUCUGAGGAGUAUGUUGCCACAGCACUCAGGUCCCGUAGUCUCUACUGAGGAGUAUGUGAUCACAGCACUGAAGUCCCGUAGACUCUCCGACGAGUAUCGAGACACAGGGCUCAAAAGUAAUUUUAUCUUCUCUUUCUCCCUCUCUCUCUCUCUCUCUCUCUCUCUCUCUCUCUCUCUCUCUGUAUAUCUGCGUGAGGACACGUGA